AUGGAUCGAGUGCUAAUUGGACUACCAGGCACGCACUGUUAUCUGGAUGAUAUUCUGGUUAGUGGGCCGGAUGAGGAAACCCACCUGAAGGCUUUGGAUGCCGUUCUCAUGAGGCUGGAGGAGUACGGCCUCCAUGUCAGAAAGGACAAGUGCAUGUUCUUCCAGGAGUCGGUAGAGUAUCUAGGCCACACUAUUGAUGCUGCUGGGCUUCACAAGUCGCCAGAAAAGGAGCGUGCGGUUGUGGAGGCACCGGCACCCACCAAUGUAAGUCAACUACGCUCUCUCCUCGGAAUGAUUAACUACUAUGGACGUUUCAUGCCAGAUCUGGCAACCAUCCUGCAGCCACUGAAUGCACUGCUGCACAAGGGAAAGAAAUGGCAGUGGACGACUGGUUGUGAGGCGGCGUUCCGUAGAGUGAAAGAACUCAUGGUAUCUCAAAAAGUGCUGACCCACUACAACCCAGAGCUGCCCCCUCGUUUAGCGUGUGACGCUUCACCCUACGGGGUAGGUGCUGUACUCUCGCAUGCCAUGCCAGAUGGGGUAGAGAAACCUAUUGCCUAUGCAUCUAAAACGCUCAGCCGGGCUGAGCAGAACUAUGCUCAGAUUGAGCGUGAGGCACUAGGGAUAGUUUUUGGGUCCAGUAAAAAGUACGCCUUCAAUGGCCGCAGCCCGCAUGCAGCGCUGGGCACUCCUCUUGUCUGCACAUCACUGUCAAGGCUGCCCCUCCCUGACACGGAGCGGGACAAGUUGGACACAGUAGAUGUGUUUUAUUUGUCGCAGUCGCCCAGCAGUAGCGCCGUCAACAGCGCUCCAAGGCCAGACACUUUGCAGUGGGUGAGUCUGUCCUUGUACGGGACUACCGGAGAGGGGAGGAGAAGUGGGCACAAGGGUUGGUAA